AUGCCACAACUCCCUGUCGAACUCGUCGUCGACUUCCUGUGGACGACCACGAAGCACUGCGCAACUGCUCUCUGGUAUGUCAUUCAUGACCCAACGCAGCCGCUACCACCUCUCCAGGGGAAUCUCCCUGUUCUCUCGCGAAGAGUCGAAGCCCUAGUGCGUAAGGCCAGAUCUCCAAGUUUUGCGGCAUCGCUGCAAUCCGUUCGCUUUCUCUCCGUCAAAGACAGCUUCUACAACCCCGCUCCCUGGGUGCACCGCCUCCCGCUCCUGCUCGGCCAUGCUUUGUCCGCACUCGACUCUCUAGAAGUGCGUUUUGUAAACUGGGCAGCGGUCCCGCUCCAUCCCUCCACGCUCUCGCUCGGGUUCUCCCAAUUUCGCCUCGUCACGCGGCUGGAGCACUGGUGCCGGUUCCGCAACGCGAAGCAACUGUGGCACCUCAUCUGCGCAUUUCCCCGGCUGCACACGCUGUACGUCACCGAGCAGCCAUCGUCGCGCGCACAGGCGCGGUCGUUUCGCCACCAGGCGUCUGGGCGGCUCCCGUUGCUGGCUGAUGUCUCGUUUGGAGGGGACGUGUCGCUGGCAUCCCUCUUUUGCACGUGGCUGGCGCAGAUGGAGCCGCGGCCUCCGCUGAGGGCACUGACUUGCUGGCCUGAAGUGCAGUUUGCGGAGGAGUUGGGGACGUUGCUGCGAGAGUUUGGCCAGACGCUGGAGUGUUUGACGCUGUAUUUAGAUGAGCUCGAUGUCACGGCUUCUGAUUUGGACGUGUUCAACGUACACCACUGCACUGCGCUGCACACACUCAAAGUCUGGAAUCUGAACAGCUGCAUCGCAGUGCUGCAGAUCUUGCGCGUCAUCUCGCCUGCGAGCCGCAUCCAAACUCUCUUCCUGCACACGCUCUCGCCAAGCCACGACACAAACGAAGAUGACAACAAUGCAUAUGAUGGUGGGGAGGGAACGCUGGAGGAGUGGGAGACCGCCGAGCAGCUCUUGUCCCACGAACGAUUCUGCGAGCUGCGGCGCGUCACGCUCGUCGUCGACGACGAACUCUCGGUGGCCGAACAGCGGUUCGUGAGGAAUUUCAUUGACCACCUGCGUGGGCGCGAGAUCUACGUUGAGGCUUCGAUCCAUGCGGAAGGUGGGCUUCUCCGUUCAUGUUAUUAUAAGAAGGAAAUGCAGUGUAUGACUUUGAAAGUUCGCUCAGAAGGUCUCUCGCCCACCAUCUAUUGA